CUGCUUCCGGGGCGGAGUCACAGCUGUGCAAGCCGCCACUUCCUGACUUUUGUUGCCGCCAAACUUAAAACAACAAGGAUCCCUUUUUCCUGCAGCAGCUGCAGCAGCCGCUUUAAUUAAUAAGAAACGCACAAUUAUUCGCUGAAAAUGUCUUUUACUCCGAAGAGGCCGUGCCCACAUUCAAUGGACGACUCUAUGAACGACUCCAUGGAGAGGAGGAUCCGGAGGAUAUCAGUGGAGGGAAAUAUUGCGGCAGGCAAAUCCACAUUUGUGCGCCUUUUGGAGCAGGAGAGCGGGGACUGGGAGGUUGUACCAGAGCCGAUCGCCAGAUGGUGCAAUGUCCAAACAACAGGCAGUGACUUUGAGGAGCUGACCACAUCUCAGAGGAGUGGAGGGAAUGUUCUGCAGAUGAUGUACGAGAAACCAGAGAGGUGGGCCUACACUUUCCAGAGCUACGCCUGCAUCAGCCGGGUGCGCGCUCAGAUCAGAUCGGCCAAUGGGAAGCUCCGCGAGGCUGAGAAUCCUGUGCAGUUCUUUGAGCGGUCCAUCUACAGCGACAGGUACAUCUUUGCAGCCAACCUCUACGAGAGCGAGUGUCUGAGUGACACAGAAUGGUCCGUCUACCAGGACUGGCACGGCUGGCUGCACAGCCAGUUUGGCAAGCACAUCGAGCUGGACGGUAUCAUCUACCUCAGAGCUUCACCGGAGAGAUGCUUAGAGCGGUUGCACCUGAGAGGCAGAGAAGAAGAGCAGGACAUCCCUCUGGAAUAUCUGGAGAAACUCCACUUUAAGCACGAGAGCUGGCUGCAGCACAAGACCAUGACCAUGGAGUUUGAUUACCUCAGCGAGGUGCCGGUUUUAACCGUAGACGUAGAUGAAGACUUUAAGGGGAAUAAAAUCAAGAGUGCUGACAUGAUUGAGAAGGUGAAAGAGUUCCUGACCACGCUGUAAACAUCACUUGAUGGGAAACAAGUAGCGCUCGACGGAAAAAAGGCCAGAUAGUGUUGCUUUUAUAACAAUGAAAUGCCUCAACAAUUACUUGUUUGUUUUUUUGUUUUUUACAGAGUACAGUCAUCACCAAUGAGGCCUGGCCUAUUUUUUAAAAACUUUUUAAAAGUGUUUUCUAGCAUCUGUUGUGUAUUUAUGAAUGUUUUGUGUGCAAAUGAUUGUCUAUUGGUCCUCACAAAUGACAAUAAACUUGAAAUA